UGUUAUGCCUGUAAACUUUCUCCACGAGCUCAGUGAGCGAGCGAGCGGCGGACCGUUGGUGUCGUGUCUGUCUCUGUGCCGUGACGGACCCUCCUCCGGUGCCUCGACAUGAGCUAAAUCAUGUCUGAUUAACGGUUUAAUUUCGGUUCAUUUGGAGCAAGCGAGAGAUUAAUUAACACCCUUUGGAGAAAUGGAGGCUGUGAGUAAGUGGACCCCGCAACAAGUGGUGGACUGGAUGAGAGGUCUGGACGACAGCCUGCAGCCGUACAUCUCGUCCUUCCACCAACAGCAGGUGGACGGGGAGAAGCUGCUCAGGAUGUCCCACCAGGAGCUGCUGUCUCUGGGCGUGUUGCGGGUCGGACACCAGGAGCUGGUGCUGGAGGCCGUGGAUCUGCUCUGCGCUCUGAACUACGGCGUGGAGUCGGACAACCUGAAGACUCUGGUGGGGAAGAUGAGAGCGGCUCACCACAACCUGAGCAGCGCAGUGACGCAGCGAAGGAAGAACCCGGCCUACCACAACAAAAUCUCCCAUCAGCCCUCCAAUGAAUUCCUGACCGCCGUGGUUGAGCUGAUCGGAGCGGCCAAGAGUCUGCUUGGCCAGCUGGACAGGACUCCUCUGACCAGCGGCAACAACUUUACCUCCACCAAAAGCAGAAUCAUCCAACUGUGCUUAGAGCUCACCUCCACCGUCCAGAAGGACUGUACAGUUUAUGAGAUUGAGGAGAAGAUUCUGGAAGUGUCCCGAUCUCUGAACAGCAUAUGCGAGAAGACGGUCCAGGCGACCUCUGACCCUUUAAAGAGUGACAUGGCCUGUCUGGAGGAGGUGCACAUCACCAACAUCAAGCCUGGAGAAGGACUGGGUAUUUACAUCAAAUCCACCUACGACGGGCUUCACGUCAUCACAGGAACAACAGAGAAUUCUCCUGCAGAUAAAACCCAGAGGAUUCACGCUGGAGAUGAAGUCGUUCAGGUCAACAAACAGACAGUGGUGGGAUGGCAGUUGAAGCACCUGGUGGAGAAACUCAGGACGGAAUCUGGAGGCGUCGUCCUGAUGGUGAAGAAGAGGCCGCCUGGAACAUCCGGUGGCUUCGCACCCGCUCCGCUGAAAAACCUGCGCUGGAAACCGCCACGCAUACAGAACUCUCAGGAAGCUCCAGGUCUCUACAAAUCCCGACAGCCAGAAACCUCAGAUGUUCCUGGGUAUCGAGGGAAGACAGCCAUAUUGGAUUUGUACGUCCCUCCUCCCCCUGAAACACCUUACGUACCGCUAGACGCGAACAUGAACGUGUCUUCAGGUGUGAAAAUGAGGCCGAAGUCUCCGAACUCCAGUCUGGACGCAGACUUGCGGCGACGCUCCACUUUUGCCGACGACAACAGGAUGUCUGUCAACCUCCCACCUGAAGUCAACCAGCCAAUCCCUGUUUGCCUCAGACAGCGCUCCUCUACACGCUGCAAACCUCGACCCGUCUCCAUGCCGGUGGAGUCGUUUUCAGGUGUGUCUGACCCGUCCUCCAGGCGCGGGGCUCAGGGACGGAAAGGGCAGGACGUUCUGCACAGAUAUCUGAGUAACGAGGGAAUCAGCACCAUCACAGAGGAGGAGCCGUGUUACCCUCUGCCGUACCGAGGACACCCGUCUGUCCGCGGCGUCGACCACAUUAGAGGCAGUCAGUGCUUCAUCAACGCCGACCUGCACAACAGCGCCACCAUCCCUUACCAGGAAGCAGCGUCCAAAAAGCCUGCUGCCUCCACCUCCGCUGCCGUUUCUCCUCCUCUGGCUGUAACCAAACAGUCAACAUCGCUGCUCGGCGGCUGGCUGGCUCGUCUCAGGCUGCUCAGCCACCUGACGUUGGUUGUAGAUAGUCGGUCAAAGAUCCUACAAUAUUUUAUUUUCUUGAAAACAAAGAGGAAGUUUCUGAGCAGAGAGUCUCUGAGAAACAGAACAGAGCAGAAUGAUCAUGAAGAACAUGUGAAACAGGAAGGAUGGUUAGGGUAUAUGCAUGUAUGUGUCAGAGUGAUUUUGGCUUUGUGGUCGUUCUGUGGGUCGAUGUAUAAAGUCUCACUGGCAGCGUUGACAAACUCUUGUUCCUCCUCUGCUGCGUGUCAGUCGGCUGCAAAGACACCAAGCUGCUGGACUUUCAACCUGCAGCACCUCUGCUGCAGACAGGUGACACCCCGCACUGCUGUACUACCUGAACCUGAGACAGUUAAAUUACACUUUACCCUGCUGUCUGGCCCCCCCCGGUCGACUGCAGCCAUGAGUCGGCGGCGGAUUUCAGUUAAGGACCUGGGCGAGUUGGACUGUCAGGGCUGGCUUCUUCGCAGAAAGGAGGGCCGCCACUUCCUGGGAAGCAAAUGGAAGAAAUACUGGUUUGUCCUGCAGAAGAGUUCUCUGUACUGGUACACCGACGAGAUGGCCGAGAAAGCAGAAGGAUUCAUCAACCUGUCCGGCUUCACCAUUGAACAAGCCAAACAGUGCAGGAAGAAACAUGCCAUAACGGCCAGUCAUCCACUGGUUGUGACCAUUUUUGUUGCUGCAGGAAGCUUCACAGACAUGAAUAAGUGGGUCCGUAAACUGUCAGAAGCAGCCAAGCUGUGUGAAGUGAUCAACGCUGAAGAGUGCUACAGUGAGGGAAGCGAUCAGGACAGUGAUGAUGAGAGUGAACCCACUUCCUCUUCUCUGGACGCUGAACAGGAAGCCGCUGACUCUGACAAUGGAGACCUUCUUCAGCCUGUCUGUGAGUCGUCACCCUGCACCUCAGAUCCGCCCACUUCACCGACCGCUGGGAGCAGAAGUAGAAGAACCUCGGAGGGUGGGACUUUAUGUAGAAACAGAAGAAGACGAACGGCCUCAGAUGGCAGCGAACGCCUGUCCUUGGCAAACCUUCCUGGGCCAGAUGGAGCUGCUACAGGAGUUUCUCUCCCUCUGCUCCGUGUCGAGAGAGAUAAAGAAGAGGAGGCCGUCCCAGAGAAGCCACCUGAUGAGAUGGAGUACCUCUACAAACACCUGAAGGCAGCCAGCUUGUCUCCGAUCGGACAGUCUAGGCAGAGGGACUUCAGAGCGUCGUUUAUCAGACGAUGUCGGAACGACAAAGUCAACGAAAAGCUCCACCUGCUAAGGAUCCUCAGCAGCACAUUAAAGGCCAAGGAGUUGGAGCUGCAGGCGGUGGAGCAGAUCCUGGCCGACCCAACUCUCACGGCGCCCCAAUACAGGAAGUGGAGGCUCUCAAACCUCACCUUGCUGCAGGAGAUCAGUCAACGCAACCAGGCAGCAGGGGGCGCUGCGGAGCUGAGACCUCCUGAUCAGCCUCCUGUGAGCUGAGACUUGGACCACAUUCAUGCCAAAGAGGAUAAAUCUGAAAACGCUAUUCUAUAUUAGUGUUUUCAGAUUUUGUUCCCGCACUGAAAAACCAAAAUGGCUCAUGAGGUAACAGGUGUGACAGAGAGCAGGUGUGCUGGACUUUGCUUGGUGAACAGAGACAAAGCCAUGGUGCUCGACAUGUUCUAUGUGACUUAAGUACAAUUUUGAGGUAUUUUACUGGAGUAUAUUUGAUUUUAUGCUACUUUCUACUUCCACCACUCUACUUUUUAUUUCAUAACUUUAGUUUCUUUACAGAUUUAGGUUAAACUACCCAGCAGGAUAUAAAGUAGUUUAUAAAGAGCGUCACGUUUACCAGCUGCAACGUUAAAGUGAUGAACACAAUGCAUCAAAAUUAUAAUCCAGUUAUAUAAGAGAUAUUAUUAUAUACAUGGGUUAUUCUGCAUAAUUAGUACUUUAAAAGCACAAAAUUAUAAACGCAACACUUCUGUUUUUGCCCCCAUUCAUCAUGAGCUGAACUCAAAGGUCUAAGACUUUCUCUGUGUACACAAAAGGCCUAUUUCUCUCAAA